AUGGAGCCUCCGUCUGACACCUCCAGUUCCCCAUGGGACACCUCCAACUCCCUCUCCAGAUCUCCAGGGCCAUGGCUCCCAGCCCUCCCAGUCUCGCUGCACCCCAACGUGAGUUUUCCUGUGGGCAUCGGCGCCAGCGGAGCCCCCCUGUCCCUGACCCACUCCCUGGCCCUGGUUGCCAUGCUCCUCAUGGACCUCCUGGCCGUUGUUGGCAACCUAGCUGUCAUGGCCGUCAUCACCAAGACGCUGCAGCUGAGGAAGUUCGCCUUCGUGUUCCAUCUGUGUCUGGUCGACCUACUGGCGGCUCUGGUUCUGAUGCCUCUGGGGAUGCUGUCAGACCGGAUCUUGGUGCAUGAUGAGGCACUCUGCCAGAGCUACCUCUGCCUGAGUGUAGGGCUGGUCAGUGCUGCCAUUUUGUCUAUCUCAGCCAUCAACGUGGAGAGGUAUUACUACAUCGUCCACCCGAUGCGCCAUGAGGUGAAAAUGACAGUAGGGGUGGUUGUGGCAGUGUUAGUCGGGAUCUGGGUCAAAGCUAUUGUGAUGUCAGCUCUGCCUCUACUGGGCUGGGUGCCCCAGGGAAACCAGGGGGUAGGUGUCAGACUUGGAAUAGGACUAGGGAGUCCCAUGAUCCCGGGUCCUCGAAGCCAGAGACGUUGCUCCCUACACUGGACUGGAGGAGGAGGGACCACACGAUUAAUCUUCAUGGUCUUCUUCACCUUUGUCUACUUCCUGUGUGCAGUACUGAUCAUCCUUGUUGUGUACUGUAACAUGUUUAAAGUAGCCCGGGUGGCAGCCAUGCAGCAUGGCCCCUUACCUACCGGGAUGGACACACCUGGGCCCCGCCCUCACCGCUCCGAGUCCCUCAGCAGCCACUCCACCAUGGUUGUCAGCUUGGGGGGCCCUGGGGGCCCAUGUCCUCCACUCCGCACCCCCAGUCAGAGGACCUUCAACGGGGGUAAAGCCGCGGCAGUCCUGGUGGCGGUUGGAGGCCAGUUCCUAUGCUGCUGGCUGCCUUACUUCUCCUUCCACCUGUACGCCGCCCUGGUCUCUACCCCCCAGGCCUCCCUGGUCUCUACCCAGCUGGAAGAAGUCGUGACCUGGAUUGGUUACUUCUGCUUCACCUCCAACCCUUUCUUCUACGGCUGUCUGAAUCGGCAGAUCCGAACAGAGCUGGGCCGAAGCCUGGCCUGUCUCUUUAAGCGGGCGGGGCCGGGCGAUGGGGAUCAGCUGGCCAGCAGAGAGGCCUCCAUCGAGGAGAACUUCCUCCAGUUCCUUCAGGGGACAGGGUGCAAUCAGGAGCCCUCCACCCAGGCACACAGCAGGGCUAGCAGGACCGAGGAGGAGGCGGGGGAGAGGGGCCCUCUUCGAGAUGUACCUCGUCAGGACAACACUCUGGUCCAGGAACACACGCCUGUUGACUUCCACAUCCCUGGACAGAUUAUCGAGAAGACCUCGGAGUUCUUGGAGCAGCAGGAUCUGAAUCUGAACGAUGACAUCAACCUAGCGGAAAACUGCUGCAGAGUAAACAGGACUGUGCUGGACAGUGCCUGAACUCUAGUAUUGGACCUUCAUUCGUACAGUAGGCCUGUUUUUGGACCAGGCAUCAGAGGUAGAAACACUAAAGCCUUCGUCUGCAGGCCAAACAUCGGCGUAGAAGUCCUGUGGUGGAAACGGCAUGGUAGAUGACCUGUCCUUUAGAACGUCUGUUUCUAUUUGAUGCUGUUUGACGAUUUUGUUGUCCACCGUUGCUACAGUUGGAUUAUGGGACAUACAUGAUGUACCUAGUCAGUGAGACAUUGCUCUUGAGCUACAGGUACAGUGAACCUAUCAUGUAGACUUGGUAUCGUCUCUUGAAGAAUUCAGGUUAUUAUCAUUUGCAUUCAUUGGGACUGUCACUUGAAUCAGGGUUCCUCUAGGAGGUAUAAAUUCCAUUUGAAUUCCAGUAAAAUCAGGAAGUAAACUGAAAUUCCCAUUCCAAUCAUCCUCAAUGCUUAAAAAAAAGAGGUUUACUUCCAAAAUAGACUGAAUUUAAUGAAUUGAAAUGUAAUUGACCCUAACCCUGGUAUAACAACAUUGGUACCCAUUUACCAUUAAGACCAAAAUCCAUUACAUCAAAUACAUACAGACAGUCUAUCUACCUCCCUUGUUUCCUGUCAAUCUUCCCACUGAUUUAUAUUCUGGUCAAGGAGAGAACAUCUAUCAUACUACCACUUCGCAAUCUUUGUUUUAGUGUGGAUGAACACCCCCCACCCCCCUCCUCCCCGCUCCAAGACAAUCAGUUAAACAAAUGUAAAACUCCAGUCCUAUAGACAUACAGACAGUAGCAGACAAAGGGGUUAAGAACCAGGUCAACACACAGAUCACAGAAAAGGCCGAAUCCAUUUGUAUGAAACAAGUGUUUAUUCCACGUUCACUUUCUCCGCUUCCUAAUGCAACCAAGAAUACAGAUUUAGUCACUUUCCAUUUCUGACUGUAUCUCAAUCUGAAGCUCUAUGGGCCCUGGUGAUAAGAAGUGCACUAUAUGAGGAAUAGGGCGCCAUUUUGGACGCAGUCAAUGUGUUAACAGGAUCAUUUCACAGCUGGUUCUUCACCAGUGGUAUUUAUAGCAAGCUGGCACAUUAGGUUAUUUUAGACUCUGAAUCCAUUACUGCUAUUAUUUGGUCUAUUUAUUUGAGCAGAAACCCAUAUUGUUGUGUACCUGUGAUAUCACACAGACAACAACUUCUUAACUACUGAUAUUAUCUGAUCUUAUUUUCCAAGAGAAUGUUGAUGUAGAUUAUUUGGCACGAUUUAACAAAUGGUUAGGCAAUAAUGACUGUUUAGAAUAGAUACGGUAUAAUGACAAAUCUAGCUUUUUCAUAUUUUCAACAGCUCCAUGCUCAAUUUGAGCCCUCUCUCUGUCAUGGAAGGGAAGCGGGGGAGUUUCAGUGUGUUCAAAUGUCAACUUCGUUCAAAAUGUCAUUUGAGAGUCGGACAGCAGCAGACAGCUGUUGAAGCCGCUUAUACAAUGGGGACAAUGGGGACAGAUUCAAAAGAUUUGGUCUGAGUUCCAAAUGGCACCCUGUUCCCUAUAUAUAGCGCACUCAUUUUUUUUAAACCAGAACCCUAUGGGCCCUGGUCAAAAGUUUUGCACUACGUAGGGAAUAGAGUGCCAUUUUCGACAAAACCAAUGGCCAAUCUCCACCAAUGUCCCUGGUGUUUACAGGUAAACGGUGGCGAGUGCCUGACAGUACAGGCUAAGUGUUCUGUGGUGUUUACCUAGAAACACCCACGGCUUGUUGUGGCUACACAGCAAAGGUGACAGACAGACAGGUGUGAUGAAUGAUUCUUACACAUGGCACGCUUUUACCUCAGCCUUUCUCCUACAAGCUGUAUUCUCUCUCUCUCUGUCUCUCUCUCUCUCUGUUUCUGUCUCCCUCGCUCUCUGUCUCUCUGUCUCUCUGUCUCCCUCUGUCUCUCUCUCUCUGUCGCUCUGUCUCUCUCUCUGUCUCUCUGUCUCCCUCUGUCUCUCUCUCUGUCUCUCUCUCUGUCUCUCUGUUUCUGUCUCUCUCUCUCUGUCUUUCUCUCUUUCUCUCUGUCUCUCUCUCUCUGUCUCUGUCUCUGUCUCCCUCUGUCUCUCUCUCUCUGUCGCUCUGUCUCUCUCUCUCUCUCUCUGUCUCUCUGUCUCUCUCUCUCUCUGUUUCUGUCUCUCUCUCUCUCUGUUUCUGUCUCUCUCUCUCUCUGUCUUUCUCUCUGUCUCUCUCUCUCUCUCUCUCUCUCUGUCUCUGUCUCUCUCUCUCUCUCUGUCUCUCCGUCUCUCUCUCUCUCUGUCAGUCUCUGUCUGUCUGUCUGUCUCUCUCAAUUCAAUUCCAUUAAAAAGGCUUUAUAGACAUGAAAAGUGUUAAAAACAGACUUUGCCAAAGCAAAUGUGUAAAUGUAUCAAAUCAUGAUAAUGUCGCCUUCCCUCUCUUUUCGAGAGGUACAAGUCCAUCGGCAUGAUCACAAGAUGCAAAACACCAAAGCACUCUGGGAAGUUUUAGAUUUUGGUGAAAAGGUUUUUGGAGAGAAGAACUUAAACGUUCCUAAUUUCCUUGUGUCCAUAUUGACCCUGGUCAAUAGUUGUCCACUAUGUAGGGAAUAGAAGGCCAUUUGGGACACAGUCUUGUGUAAUGACUUCAGUGCCGACUGUUGUUUUUCAAUAGGACUGUUUCUGUUUCUAGCACAUUUAUUGUUGCAUGAAAAGAAAAUGAGAUGGUGAGACAACUCCCAAAUUAGUCAAGAUUGGAUUUAAUGACAAAAUCAAUGUCGUCCUGAGUAGUCUUUCAACGGGUUGCAGUUUAGUACGGCCUUCGCUUGUGAACGAGCUGGGAAUAUCUCGCCCAGAGAACAACCUUCAAUUCGUAUUUCAGACCCUAUAGCAUGUUUUCUCCUUCAACAACCUUGAAUACCAUGGAGGAUGUCCUCAAAUGGAAGAACAUGAAAAUGUUUGGCUAUACGGCUAUAAAUAGUAUAUAUAUAGUAUAUAAUAGUAUAUAUAGCUAGAUGGUUGAUAAAAUAAAAAAAAGAUUGACAGUAUAUUUAUUUAUUCAGUUAUUCAUUAUUUUUGUAUUUAAUAAUUUAUUUUGUACCGACCCGUGAAGAAAUUGACUGUUUGGGUUUUUGAUCUGUCCGUUCUGUUUUUGUCUCUUUCUAUUUUGACAUCUCUUCUGUAUUGGUUACCAAUCACAGAGUUAAUUAAAGAUAUAGACUA